AUGGUUGCUCCUGCUUACAUUGAAGAUAACUAUAUUGAUCAUGAACUUCUGGCAAAUUUAGAUUCUACAUUUGCAUUUGAAGGACCAGAAAAAUUAUUAGAAAUAUGGUUUUGGUCAAAUGAAACAAGAAUUCCGGAUGGUAUUACCAAGGAAGGAUUAAGAAGUAUUAAAUUAGAAGAUUGGGUUAAGAUUUUGGAUUUAGUUAAUUGCAAAAUCUUGUCGAUGAAAUCAUCUAAAUAUAUGGAUUCUUAUCUUUUAUCAGAAUCUUCUUUAUUUGUUUUCCCACAUAAAUUGAUUUUGAAGACUUGUGGUACUACCACAACUUUAGCUUGUUUAGAAGAUUUAUUUAAGAUUAUUUGUAACUACUUGGGUGAAAGUAUUGAUAGUUUUAAAAUUUUCAAAAUUUUUUAUUCAAGAAGAUCAUUUAUGUUUCCUGAUAAACAAAAACACGUUCAUCGUGAUUGGAAAAAUGAAGUGAAGUUAUUGAAUGAAUUUUUCAUUAACGGGAAAUCUUACGUUGUUGGGGACUUCACUAGUGACGAUCAUUGGUACCUUUAUAUGGGAGGUGAACAAGUUGUUUCUGAUAAUGAUUGUUGUAAUGAUCAAACUUUUGAAGUAUUGAUGACUGAAUUGAAUCCAAAUAAAGCUAUUAAUUUCAUCACUGAUCGUAAACCAGGAAUUGAUAGUUUAGGUGAAGAUGAUGAUAAAGGACACGAAAAUGGAUAUAAAACAAUGAAAUUUACUGGCUUGGAUUCAAUUUUCAAAUCUUCCGAAGUCCAAUUACCAUCGCCAUCCUUAAGUGAUAAUAUGGAAUUCAAUGACGAUGAAGAUGCAGAAGUUGUUCCAUUGAACAAGUUUGACUUUAUCCACGAUGCUUUUUCAUUUAGUCCAUGUGGAUAUUCUUCAAAUUCGAUUGAUUUAGAAAAUGGUGGUUACUAUUAUACCUUGCAUAUCACUCCGGAAUCAGGUUGGUCAUAUGCAUCGUUUGAAACCAAUUAUCCAUUUAGUGAAUCGAAUCAGGUAUCAAUUUCUCAAGUUUUGAUCAAAAUAUUAUCAAUUUUUGAACCGGGCAAUUUCAGUGUUACUUUAAUCAAUGAAAUGAAACAGACUUCUAAUAAUGAUUUAAACGAUUUGAUCAAUUGUGAUGAAAUCUUAAAUAAAAUUGGUUAUACCAAACAAGAAAAGAUUCUUUAUGAUUUGAAAAACGAAUACAAUUUAUUGUACUUAAAUUUUAAGAAAAGUACCAAUUAA